GAAACGGCCAAAGAUGGUACCAGUUUUUGAGUCUUUACAACGGGUGGGGUUAUGAACUUGUCGAUUAUUGUGAGACUGGCGUCGAAACUGUGAUGUGCAUAUGUGUGUAAAAAAUUAACUUGUUUUAAAAAUUUUCUAUUCUUUUUGGAAAAUGUUAAAGAAUAUCUUCAUUUUGACAUUCAUUGUUAGUACCAUAGUACCCACACACACCGAAACCGUCGAUGAAUUCCUCACUAGAGUUAAGAAAAAUUACGACAAUGCCAGAAGGUCAAAACGCUUUAUUGACCCAUAUGAAUACCCCGCCGCUGAGCAACCCUUAGAGGAAAUGUCAAAAUACGACUUUAUCGUAGUCGGCUCUGGCUCAUCCGGUUCGGUUAUAGCCAACCGUUUAACCGAAACUAACUGGACGGUUCUCUUACUUGAAGUCGGCGAAGAAGCGACCGCACUUACCGACAUUCCAGUCAUAGCACCCUUAUUCCAAUUCACUGAUCUCAACUGGAACUAUCUCAUGGAAAAACAAGAGAAUAUGUGUCUAGGUUUGAAAGACCAGCGCAUGGCAUGGCCCCGUGGUCGCGGCUUAGGUGGCUCAACUCUCAUCAAUUACAUGAUCCAUGUCCGUGGUAACCGUCGUGAUUACAACCGAUGGGCAAAAAUGGGCAAUCCGGGAUGGUCGUAUCGAGACAUCUUCCAGUACUUCCUCAAAUCGGAGGAUUUUCUGGUCAAAAAACAAGAUCCGGGUUACCACACAACUGGUGGUUAUUUAGGGGUACAGGAUGUACCAUAUCGUACCCCAUCCGCCCAUGCCUUUGUUCAAGCGGCCCAAGAAGCCGGUCAUAAGUUCGUCGAUUACAAUGGUAAACGUCAAAUGGGUGUAUCAUACGUCCACGCCACUACCAGAAAUGGUAAAAGGUCAAGUGCAGAAGAAGCUUUUCUUAGACCCAUCAAACACCGCCAAAACCUCAAAAUCUCAACCAAAAGUCGAGUGACAAAAGUACUAAUCGAUCCUCAAACCCGACAAGCCCAUGGUGUCGAAUAUAUCAAAAAUCGAAAGUACCACAAAGCUAUAGCCUCAAAAGAGGUGAUUUUAUCAGCUGGUGCCUUCAAUUCCCCUCAAAUUUUGAUGUUAUCGGGAAUUGGGCCCCAAAAACACCUCCAGGAGUUGGGAAUACCCGUCUUGGAAGAUCUACCAGUAGGCCAAAAAAUGUACGACCACAUAACCUUCCUUGGGUUGGUUUUUCAAGUUAAUGAGUCGAUUGUGAGUGACCAGAAGCUCCUAGAAACCCCCGAAUCAUUCCUAAAGUUGGUACUCAACGGUAGUGGACCUUUGACGACUCUUGGAGGAGUCGAAGCUCUUCUUUACUUCAAAACCAACGUCUCCAAAGACCCCGCCCCUUACCCCGACAUGGAACUUAUCUUCAUUUCUGGAAGUAUGAACACAGAUCUCGGAAAAUUCUACCGCAAGACUUUCCGCAUCACCGACGAGGUUUACAACACUGUGUGGAAACCCCUAGAGCACAAAUACACCUUCUCCGUCCUCCCUAUGCUCGUCCAUCCCAAAUCCUACGGCCACUUAGAAUUAAAAUCAAGCAAUCCGUUCCAUUGGCCCCGUUUCUAUGGCAAUUACUUUACAGAUCCCGACAAUACCGACAUUAAAACCUUCAUUGCAGCUAUCAGGGAAGUCCAGAGAUUAUCCAAAAUGCCAACAUGGCAAAAAUAUGGUAUUAGACAAGUCACUACCAAAAUCCCCGGUUGCCAAAACUGGGUUUUUGACAGUGAUGAUUACUGGGAGUGUGCUUUGAGACACGUGACAACAACUUUACACCAUCAAGUGGCCACGUGUAAAAUGGGCCCAAGAAAUGAUCCUGAAGCUGUGGUUGACCCUGAAUUGAAAGUGUACGGGGUGAGGGGGUUGAGGGUUGCCGAUACAAGCGUAAUCCCGAUACCUUUGACUGCGCAUACAAAUGUUCCUGCGUUUAUGAUUGGUGAAAAAGCGUCUGAUUUGAUUAAGGAGACAUGGAGGGGGACAUUUUAAGUUUUGUUGGUUGCAUGACUGUGAUUUGUUCUACUUUUGUAUUGAAUAAAAUUAAUUUAUUUA